AUGGUCGCACCACCCUCACACAUCUUUGUCGUCCGACAUGGAAACCGCCUCGAUGCCGCAGACAAGAAAUGGCACCUCACAUCUCCCACCCCCUACGACCCUCCCCUAACCUUCUCUGGUCUGCAGCAAGCUCGACAAGUCGGCAACUACAUCGGCGGUAUCCUCGAACAGGCCAAGCUCGAGCACGAGGUUAAGAACGAGGCCAAGCCCGGUUUCAAGCGCAGAAGAUUCAGAAUCGUUAUUCAUACCUCUCCUUUCCUCCGAUGUGUCCAGACCUCCGUCGGUAUCAGCUCCGGCCUCGCUCAGCUCCCGGCCGAAUCCAUGUACAAACCCUCCGACAUUAUCGUCCCUCCCCAUGCCGCCAAGGGUCAGACCAACAAGCUGAAGACUGCCGUACUCCGUAUAGACUCCUUCCUCGGCGAAUGGCUCUCUCCGGAAUACUUUGAAAUGAUCACCCCGCCGCCUGGGCCUGCGCUCAUGCUGGGCGGUGCCAAAGCCGAACUCCUACGUCGCGAAGACUACAGCUUCUACAGCUUCGACGAGCCACCACCGCCUCCCCCGCCCACACAAAAGCUAUGGCAGUCACCUAAGCUACGCCCCAUCGACGCGCCUCAAUCCCCCGCCGAGGACAACGGCAGUCCCAUUCUUGGCGUCGCGUCCUUAGCUUCUGCGCUGCCCAGCACCACGACUCCCAAAAAGGGCUACGUCCCCCCGAGGCCCAGUCCCCCGGUUCCCGGUGCUGGCAGCAUACCUGAGGGUAUUGUGGCCCACGCCAGGGAUACUUGUGUCAGUGUAGACUUCCAAUGGGACUCUAUGCGUGAGCCGCUUGACUUUGGCGAUGGCGGCCAGCUCGGAGAGGAGUGGAUUUCCAUGCACAAGCGUUUUAGGAAAGGACUGCGGAAAAUGGUCAACUGGUACGCCAACACCGACAAUGCCGCAGAAAUGGUCACGACUAUGAACUCGGACGGAGACCACACGCUCGACGCCACCGACGAUGAAGAAAUCGAGACUGUCCUGGUUCUCGUAUCGCACGGCGCGGGCUGCAAUGCUCUGAUGGGCGCCAUCACUCACCAACCCGUGCUUAUGGACGUCAGUAUCGCCUCUAUUACCAUGGCCCAGCGACGGCCUCUGGUUGACUACGAGCGACUGCGCGACGAGCUUACCAAGGAAGCCGAGGCCCAGUCCCUGGUCGCCGUCGACGAUCUGUACGAGAUAAGAACAUCUGCUACCACGGAGCAUCUACACUCUACUGCCUCCACGCCCAGCUCCGCAAGAUCUGCCUCGGCAAACAACGCCUGGAAUCCUCACGCGCGUGGCCGCACAUCAACGUUUAGCAACGGCAGCGGUGCAGUCAUCAGCCCAUUCACUUACAACAGCGAUGCCUUCCCCAUGGCAGACGCCCCUACCGCUAGUGCCGCGGUCGAGAAGAUGGCGCGCCGAGAGUCGUCACAAAAGUCGAUCCGGAGCGCCUUCAACGGCGCGGGCAACAUUAUUGCCGCUCGCAGCAAGAGCACGAGAAGCAACAGCAGCAGCUCGAGCCUGAACAACGAGGUCAAGGCUGGACGUCCCCCGAGCUCGAACAGCAACUCCACCGGCCUCUGGGCGCCGGCACCGUCUUCUCUCCGGCUCAUGGACGACAACCUAGACGAGGACUCGAACCCCUUUGACGCGGUCCUGCCCAACUUUGGUAGCUUCAGCGCGGCGCCACCGCCAGCAGCGGCGGAGGAGAAGAAGCUGUCGAUGUUUGCGUCCGACUUCCCGUCCUUCCCCAGCUACAGCACGUCGUCGGGCGGUCCCGUGCACGCGCCGUCGCCGUUUGGCAACUUUGGCGCGGUCGACUCGCCCGGAUCGGUGACGCCGGGGACUCCCAUGUUUGCCGGGCCCAUCAAGCUGCAGACGAGCCUGGACAACAAUGACGUGAUUGGGCCGCCCGAGGAGGUCAUUGCUACGCCCCUGGGCGGCGGCCUCGGCGGACUUUGGGGCCGCCCGACACCGCCAAGCGACGCGGAUAAGUUUCGCGACAUGAGCCACACUAAGCGCCGCUGGACGGUCAACGAACGCCCUCUUUGA